AUGCCCAUAAAACUGAAUUUGUCAUAUUUAGAUGAUCUAUUUGCUAUUAAAUUUGCAUCAGAUAUACGAAAAGAUGAACAUUCGUAUCAUGAUCUUUUUAAUGUUGAAUUAAUACGUUUACAAUUAGAUACAUGUCCAUGGCGUUUAACUAAAAUUAAUGAAAAUUAUGAAUUAUGUACUAGUUAUCCAAAAUAUUGUGUUGUACCAUCUAUUAUAACUGAUGAAGAAAUUAGUGAAGCUGCUGAAUUUAGAUCAUAUAAACGAUUUCCAACAAUUGUUUGGAGACAUGCUAAUGGUGCAAUUAUUGCUCGAGCAAGUCAGCCAGAAGUUAGUUGGCUACUUCGGCGUUCAAAAGAAGAUGAAAAAAUGAUUCAAGCUAUAAUUAAUGCAUGUAAUGGUGAAACAAAUUCAAAUCGUUUACUGAUUCUUCAUCUGGGAACUCGUGAUGCUGCUAUUGAAAAUUAUGCUAAGUAUUAUCCAGAUUGUGAUGUAAAAUUUAUGAAUUUACCUGAUAUACAUGCAACACGUCGAAGUGCACGAAUGUUAAGUGCUGUUAAUGCAGCACAAGAUAAAAAUUAUUAUUCACAAUUAGCAUCAACACAAUGGUUACAAUAUUUCCUAGCAUUAAUUAAGGCAGCAUCUUGUGUUGUUGCUAAUGUUGAUAAACAUAAUCGAUCAGUACUUGUACAUUGUUCAAAUGGUCGAGAUCAUACACCACAAAUAAUCACAUUAGCUGAAAUAAUGCUUGAUUCCCAUUAUCGAACAAUAAAUGGUUUUCAAAUCUUAGUGGAACGUGAAUGGAUUCAAUUUGGACAUAAGUUUGGUGAUCGUUGUGGUCAUGGUGUUGAUUCAAAUGAUCCAAAUGAACGUAGUCCUGUUUUUCUUCAAUGGUUAGAUUGUAUUUAUCAAUUAAUGAUUCAAAAUGAAACUUCGUUUGAAUUUAAUGAAAUAUUUCUACGUGAAUUAGCUCAACAUACAUAUUCUUGUUUAUAUGGAACAUUUUUAUGUAAUACAGAUUUUGAACGAACAACAGCUAAUUUAGAAAAAAAAACAUUAGGUGUAUGGAGUUUAUUAAAUAUACAAUCAACCCCAUUUAUUAAUUCUUCAUUUAAUAAAACAAUAAAAGAGGUUCUUUAUCCAUCAUGUUCCAUUGAUAAUUUACGUAUUUGGUCGGUUUUAUAUUUAUGUUAUAUGCCUGUUGGUUCAUCUGAACGUCCAUCAUCAACAAGUACGAUCCAGAACGAAAACAACAAUAAUGAUCGUCAAUCAACAAUAUGUGAAUCAAAUGGUUUACCAAAUUUAUUUAAAAAAAUGUCACGACGAAGAAAAAGACAAGAUUCAAAUUCAACACAACGAUCGGUUUGUAUAAGAUUUUUUAUUUGAAAGAUAAAACAAAGAAUUGAUUUCAAUGAGCCUCCCUCCAUGAUCGAAACCUGUCCCAUAUCAGAUGCCAGUAUAUCAAUAUCGAAUGAAGACCAUUAUUAUUUCGAUGAAAGGUAUUGAGUGGUGUCAAAUUCAUACUGUUAUGCUUGGAAAUUUUCCAGCGCAGAACAGUUGUCUUUCCAUUUUAUGAUCAUUUUGUAGCUCUUGAAAAUUUCUGUCUGUUUAUUAAAAAGAAGGAUGGUCUCAGGAGCAUAACUUAAGGUCCUAUGUAUCAUACUAUCUCAACGAUGGAUUUUCCUGUGCAACUCGGACAAUAUGGUACUUAGAAAUUCUCGAGCACGACAUAAUUUAAUCUAGAAUUUGUGAUCAUUUUAAAGAUCGUAAAAAACUGUAUAUGUACAGCAAAAACGAUGAUGGUAUCAGGAGCAAUACUUAAGUUCCUACGGAUCAUACUAUUACAACAAUGCGUUUUUCUGUUGAACCUGGACAGUGUGAUCCUUGGAAAUUCUCGAGUGCAGUAUAUUUUACUUCCCAAUUUGUGAUGAUUUUGUAGCUCUUAAAAACAACUGUAUCGGCCCUGAAAAUAUAAGGCUAAUAUGGUGAACUGACGCGGUAAGCGUUUGAGGGGGAUUUCAAUAUUAAUAAUGUUUCUGCGCUAGGUAGAAAUGUUGAGAAGAGGUCCAGAUGUUUUAUUCUUACUUAGAGGAAGAUGAAGUUCAAUUUUAUCAAAUGUUCUGAGAUGAUUUUUAUUGAGGGCCGUUUUACGUGCAAACCCACCCGAUCCUUUGAAAACUCGAAUAAGAAUGGAUAAAUGAUUAAGCAAUUGAAGUAUGAAUAUUGAAAUUGAAAUUUGAAUUAAGAUUUAGAAGCUUGAACAAACAGAAAGAGAAGACCUGCCAGGAAUAUAAAAGGUUUAAAUGUUUGAAAAGUCUAGAAAAGAAAAGUUUUUUAGGUCGAGGUCAAAGUUUCAGUUCAUUGUUGUUGGUUACGGAGCAACACCACCAAAACUGUCAAUGUAGGCGUAAUCCCUGUGACCACGUUGGUUGCAGUCUGCUGCCAUAAUAUUAAGAACGAAAUCGUGACCAAUGCGAGUGCUAUCAAUGUUCAAGUGCUCGGUUUGCCACGAUGGUGUGUAAAAAAGGUUAUCCGUUGCGUUAAAACGAGAAUCAACUCCCCCGUUGCCAGCUUGUACAUUGUAUUGGCGCAAGAGUAGUGUAUCACCAAUGGUCACAUCUUUCAGUUCAAUCACUAGGAGACUAGAUUGUUCGGCAGUAUGUCCACCGUUUUCCAAUACAGCCUACCAUGCAAAGUAGAUAUCAGUACAAUAGUAUUGAUUAAUGCGCUGGCUGAGAGCUGACAUAUAUGAGUUAACAUUUACAUCUUCAAUACGCCACGAGUAAUUGCCCUGGAAUACAAUAUUUGGCAUCAGCGCUCCAAGCAAUGGAUCAUUUCCUCUAGUAACAAUACUUGAAUGGGUAUUUGCAAUGUUUGAAUCAUAUUUGGAACCACCUGGCAAAAUGUCACCUAUUUGUAACUGUGACGAAUUAAUACUCCCCCGAUAACCACCGCCAACUGUCCAACCAAAAGAAUUACCCAACUCAAAGUAACCAUUCGUGAAACUGCUGAAUGAGCAUUCUAUCAAAAAGUAGAGGAGAAAUAAUUUACUUGUGGAAUGUUGAAAAUCACUUAUGGAAAUUUCAAUGUAUUUGUUUUACAACAGAUAAAUCUCACUUUUUCUUAAUGAACAAACAACGUUAUUGAAAAACUAUUGGAAACGAGUGUAUAGUUUUGCUAGUAUUUACACUAGAGUUCAUAAGAAACCACGCUAAUAUCCGAUAUUCUUUGACUCUGGUUUUGAAUGUGCAGUAAUUAAAUUCUUUCAUAAGUUAGAUUAUGAAACAACCUAAGAUAUUGUUUAGAAUUAUUUAGUCUAUAAUUCAAAGGAUGAUUGUCAAUAUUGUUCUAUGUCUGUGGUUGUUGCAUCAAUUUACUACGUGGCAUAUUUAGGGAUGGAAAGUUAUCGUUCCUAGGCCGUUAUUCAGUAACGGUAACGGUAACGGCUGCUAUGGAAAGAGUUAUCAGUUACCCAACUAACUGAUAACGAGAUCACUACCAGUUACUUUUUCCUGGUAACUUCUCAAAAAGACGAAAUAUCACUUCUAUUCAUCCAAAUAUCGACAACACAUCAGUAAACAGAGUUUACAGUUACCAAUUACCCUGGUAACUGUUAUCCGUUUCUAGUGACCUGGGACUGGGUCGGGUGAGUAAAAAAUAUAAUGAUAAUAUUCUGUUGACGGGAAGUGAUAAUUCAUCUUUUUGAACAAGUUAAGAGGAAAAGUAACUGGUAACGGUAACUUUCUACCCCUAGGCAUAUUUGCGCUGUAGCAACAAUAUUGGAUAGAAACAAAAUCGAAAAGCAAUGAAAACAGAAGAGAUGAGUGCUAUAUUUUCAAUUUUUCAACAAAAUACAAAAAUGUUUCAGGAGUUUUAUGAAAAUUUAUCUGAUGCCUCUAUAAAAUCGAGUACGCAGGUAUCAAGGUGUAUUUUUCGUGAUUCAAGUACUAGUUAGAUUAUAGUACCA